AUGGCGACGGGUCAAUCUCCAACCGAACAAAUCUCUAUAAUACGUCUUGAUAUCGAUGGUGAAAAAUACAGUUUUGUAUUCGAUCAUUCAAGGAGUGCUGCUGAACUUCGAAGCAAACUUUCUACACUGAAUUAUAUAUCAUCUAAUACUUGUUUUCUUAAUGCUGAAGACUAUCGUGUACACAUUGAAGAUGAGAAAUUAAUGACUAUCAAAGGUUUGUUAACUGAAAAGAAGGCUGUUCGAUUAAUAACUGACAAAGAUAAAUCAACUCCAAUACCAAUUCCGGAUAUAAAAAACAAAGCACUUGGAAGAAAAUCUGAUCUUAAUUAUGCCCAAACACUCAGCCGAUCAACAAGAACUUCUUUUCGUGAAAUUAAAGUACCCGGUUCAACACCAACACGUCUUGAAAAUGAGAUUAUCUUAGCUACUAAUCUAAAUCUUGAUACGUGGCAACAAAUAUUUCAUAAUUGUAAUCUUUUUCGUGGUGUUCGAAUGGAUGAAAAAACGCCCAAACGUGCUUUCAAACCCAUAUUCAAAUUCAGAGAAAACAAUGAAGAUUUUCCUCUUUUUCAAGUUACUGAUAAUUCAAACAUUCGUAUAUAUAUGAAAGAUAAAGAAAUGCAAAGUUCUUUUCUUUCAAGUCAAUUUUUUGAUGGUAUCAUCGAGUUUUCUAAUCCUUAUAUUGGAUUUGGUAUUAAUGGAGAAUAUUCAAAUAGCAAGAGUACAACCAUUACAGAAAGACAAGUAUAUUUAACUUCUUGUUUUAAUUUUCCACGUGUUACUUUGGAACUUGAUUCAUCUUAUCUCGAACCAACACCUCAAUUCAUUGAAGCGAUUGAUGUUGUUCUUUUGCUUACCUCACGAAAUGAACAAAUUUUUAAAUUAAAGGAAGUUCUUUCAAUAUAUGGUCAUGUAUAUCCAAAAAACGUUGUUUUGGGUGGUCAUAUUUAUCAUACAGAAGUACAUCACAAUAAAGAGAAAGCUGAAGAAGCACAAAAACGAAUAAAUGCUGAGUUAUCGUUGUCUGCUUCGAUUUUUAAACCAGCCAAAAUACAUGUUGAUGGUGGUUCUGAUGAUCAAUCACAAAGUAAAUCAUCUGAUCAAACAUCAUUAUUGAACUUCGAAGCGGUUGGAGGUGAUACGUUAAACAAUCGUGAUCCAACACUUUGGACAAACACUGUUGCUGAUCCAUCUUUAUGGCGUAUUAUUGAACAAGAUAAUUAUCAAUCGGUGAUAACACUAUUUGAUCGAGAACGACAAAAAAAACUUCAAAAAAUUAUUAAAUGCCAUAAGGCAAAGGUAUCAAAAUGGGACAAAUGGAAACAAAAUGCCAUCACUGUGAUCGGUGAAAAUGGAAAAGGACAAAAAUUAAAUCAACUCAAUGGUCCUUAUGGAAUCUUUAUCGAUGAAAACACGAAUAUUUCCAUUGCUGAUUGGUUAAAUCAUCGUAUUGUUGAAUGGAAAUGUAAUGCAAAGGAAGGACAAAUCAUUGCAGGUGGAAAUGACAAAGGAACUCGAAUGGAUCAAUUGAGUUAUCCACAAGAUGUGAUUGUUGAUCAACACAAUCGUUCGAUCAUCAUUGCAGAUACUGGAAACAGACGAGUGAUUCAAUGGUUAAAUCAAAAUCAACAAAUUAUUAUUGACAAUAUUGACUGUUUUGGUUUGGUAGUGGAUAAAAAUGAAUUUCUUUAUGUUUCUGAUUGUGAGAAGAAUGAAGUGAGACGAUGGAAAAUGGGUGAAUACAACGAAGGAAUUGUCGUGGCAGGUGGAAAUGGAAAAGGAGAUCGACUUAAUCUACUCAAUAAUCCUACUUUUAUCUUUGUUGAUGAAGAUCAAUCUAUUUACGUAUCAGAUCUUAGCAAUCACCGUGUGAUGAAAUGGAGAAAAGGUGCAAAAGAAGGAAGAAUUGUGGCCGGAGGAAAUGGUAAAGGAAGAAAUCUUAAUCAAUUGUCUUCACCUCAAGGAGUGAUUGUUGAUGAUCUGGGUCGGAUCUAUGUGGCAGAUUCUAAUAAUCAUCGAGUAAUGCGUUGGUGUGAAGGAAAAGAAGAAGGUGAAAUUAUUGUUGGUGGAAAUGGUGAAGGAAAUCAAGCAAAUCAGUUGAAUCUUCCCAUGGGUUUAUCUUUUGAUGAUGAAGGAAAUCUUUAUGUUGCUGAUUGUGUGAAAUAUGGAAUUCAAAAAUUUGAAAUAAUUUUGUGA